UUGUUACUGGUGGUCAAUCACUGCUGCUUUUUGUACAUCACCGUGCCCCGGAUGGGUUCAGGUCGUGUCUCGUUGUGCGUCACUCUGGGCAAGUGGCUCGGAGAGGUGGCGGUUGUUGUGGAAGUCAGAAGUGUCCCUGCAGCUUUCAGCUCAGCGGUCAACAUGCGGCUGCAAAGGCACCUGUGAUCCGAGCAGCGAUUGUCUUUAUUGUACUGUCAUCCCUCUUUGUAUAACUCCACCACCGUCUGUUAUCUUGGAAUCGCCUUUGUCUAAAUUACCACAGUCAGGUGUGACCCGCGUCGCCAUGACCUCUGAGGACGACUCCAAAUGCCCAGUGGUGCUGGAGGAAUGGAGGCGCAGGUCGCUGGAUCAGCUCCCGCCGCCGGUCAACUCCGCAAAGCCACUGACUCCUUUCAGCAUCGAGGACAUCCUCAACAAGCCGUACGUGAGAAGAACCUCCUCCUUCAGCGGGGCGGCACACUUCUUGUCUCCUGCUGAUAAGCUGCCCUCGGUGGGUCACAGCCUGUCCGACCGUGCGCUGUUUGGUCAGACCUCCCCACUCAGCGCGCUGGAGGAGCUGGCCAGCAAAACUUUCAAGGGCCUAGAGGUCAGCGUCCUGCAGGCUGCUGAGGGCCGAGACGGUCUGACGCUUUUCGGCCAGAGGAACACCCCUAAAAAGCGGCGGAAAUCUCGCACGGCUUUUACCAACCACCAAAUAUACGAGCUGGAGAAGCGUUUCCUGUACCAGAAGUAUCUGAGUCCGGCAGACCGGGACCAGAUCGCCCAGCAACUCGGUCUGACCAACGGGCAGGUCAUCACCUGGUUUCAGAACCGACGGGCAAAACUCAAGAGGGACCUAGAGGAGAUGAAAGCGGACGUGGAGUCAGCCAAGGCCACGGGCGCUGUGGCCUUUGAGAAGCUUUCCAAGUUGGCCGAGCUAGAGAGGUGCGCGGCCGGAGGUAUGGGAGUGGGGGAAGUGUCCGCGCCAGGCCACACCAAGCCUGACCCGGCCUCCUCCGGGUCCCCGCACAACACCACUGAGAGCCUCGACCUCAGCCUGCCGUCCAUGCCUUCCCCCGCGUCCACGAGGUACACGGGCCGUCUGUGCAGCAAGUUUUGCUCAGAGGACGACGAUGAGGAGAUCGAUGUGGAUGAUUGAAGUCAGCCCCAGUGGUCACCAAGACAGCUGUGUGGAGUGCCAAAUAACGCGAUGCUUGCAGACAAACCCGAGGGUUAAGACGACUGCCCCUCAUGCAUGGGCAUAAAGUGAUGCGGCGAAACUUCACAAAGAACAGUCCCAGUGCUUUGAUUUGACAGAAGCCAGAGGCUAAAAACGAUGUGCGCACUCAGAAAAACUUGUGAAACGUGCACAUGCAAAAUGAUAAAGAGAGAGAAACGGAAAACCAGCGGUCGGUGGGUUAUUCUUGUUACUGUUCCGCAUGUUUCAUUUGCUUUGACUGUAGCUUCUAAACUGUAGAAGCUCGUACGAUUGUGUUUUUGAUAUAGGCCUAUUAAUUAUUCUGA